UUUAAAAAGAAUAAUAAAAAAAAUAAAAAGCAUUUCUGCUUUGGUGUUUGAAUAAGAAAUUCUUCUUUUUCCCAUUUCCUUUUCUUCUUUUAUGUGCCGCCCCAUUAAUUGAUCUUCCGCAAAGGCUCGAACCAUACAGCUUCCCAUGGCUGUUUGGCCGGUGCUCCUAAAAAAAGUAGCCAGAUAAAAGCAUAUACAGGGAGACCAUAGCACAAAAAAAAAAAAAAAAAAAAAAAAAAAAGGAGAAAGAUUCUUUGUUGCCUUUUCUUCUUCUCUUUUGCUUGUGUUGGUUUUGAUCGUGGUUUUCGUUUCUGGCCCAAGCUGUUUUGUCCCUCCCAAUUUCUCUGUCUGAGUUUCAGCAUUUCAUUUGUUGGGUUGAUCGUCGUCUCUUCAGAUUCCUCAGAAAUUUUUGGUUCAGCUUUUGAGGUGGGCAUUUAAAAAAUAUGGGAUCUUAUAAGGAAAUUGCAGUACAAAUGAAGAAAUUUGCAUUGUUUUCAAUGAGGACAUUUUACAGAUCAGUUAGACAGCAUCCAUUUCUUGUGGGUAUGAUCUUGUUUUUGGUAUUUCUGUACAGAUCAUUUCCUUUCCUGUUUUCUCUGUUUUUAUCUGCAUCCCCUGUUUUGCUCUGCACUGCGGUUUUGCUUGGGACCCUUUUGAGCUUUGGGCAACCCAACAUUCCCGAAAUCGAAAAGGAAGAGAAGCUUAGCCAGGAUAUUGUUUCUCUUAAGGCUGCUGGGGUCUCGGGGAAUGGAACUUUUGUUUUUGAGAGAGAGGAGAAUUUUGUCAUAGAAAAGCAUUCAGGAGAUAGAGGGAAUUUAGUUGACAAGUCUAUUGAAGAUGCAGGGUUUGUUGAUGAUGAGUUCCUUAGUAAGGUUGAGAGUCGUGUUGAUUCACCGGAUUGCGUGCCACUUAUUGAUGAGAGUUCGCGGGAAAUUCACACGGAGAAGAGAAUAAUUGAGGAAGUGGAGAGAGAAUUUCUUGAUUUUGAGUUUGAAAAGAAGAAUGAUAUUUGCGAGGACGCGAGGGUUAAGGAAGGCGUGUUAGGUGAUGGGAAAGCUGUUGAGAGUCAUCAGUAUUCUCUGGUUCGAGAAAUUGGAGACGAUGAGAUUCUUGCGGCUGAAGUUGAUGGACAACACGGAGAGUUAGUUGAAACAUACAAGGAAGCUCACUUAGAGUCUUCACAGCCUGGUGGUGGUGGUGGUGGUGGUGGUGGUGGUGAUGUUGGUAAUGAUGAUGAUGAUGACGGGGAUGGUUCUUCCUAUUCUGAGUCUGAUAGGGCAGAGAGUUCAUCGCCUGAUGCUUCAAUGGCGGACAUAAUUCCGAUGCUUGAUGAACUGCAUCCACUUUUAGAUUUAGAAGCUCCACAACCUCCUCAUAUGUCCCAUGAUGAAUCAGAUGCAGGUUCUGAGCAGUCUCAUAGAAGUGACGAUGACAGUGCUGAUUCAGAUGCUGAAACUGAGAACCAUGUUGAUGAAGUAGAAGAUGGUGCUGAUGAUAAUGAUGACGAUGAAGAGGAAGUACAUGGAGGCAAGGAGGAUGAUAGUAAAGCCGCUAUCAAAUGGACUGAGGAUGACCAAAAGAAUCUUAUGGACUUGGGUACUUCGGAGCUAGAAAGGAAUCAACGCUUGGAGAAUCUCAUUGCAAGGAGACGAGCACGGAAAAGCUUCAGAUUGAUGGCUGAGAGGAAUCUAAUUGACUUAGAUGGUGCCGAUCUUCCCUUCAGUGUUCCACCAAUUGCAACAACAAGGCAUAACCCAUUUGAUCUCCCAUAUGAUUCUUAUGAAAAUAUGGGCUUGCCACCAAUUCCUGGUUCUGCUCCGUCUAUUUUGUUGCCAAGAAGAAAUCCCUUUGAUCUUCCUUAUGACUCUAAUGAAGAAAAACCCGAUCUCAAGGGAGACAAUUUUGAGCAAGAGUUCUUGGCAUUUCACCAAAAGGACAUGUUGUUCCGCAGACACGAAAGUUUUAACGUGGGACCAUCAGGUUUGGGGGGUUCCAGGCAAGAUAGUAAGUGGAAGCCUGUAUUUGUAACGGAACGGUUGGCUCCGGAAGGAAUGAGCUACCCCUCAUUCCAAAGGCAAUUAAGCGAAGUCAGUGAGUCGAAGUUGAGUUCAGUUCCUGACACUGAAUCUGUAAGUUCAGUGGCAGAUGCAGAUGAGAAGAAGCUGGCUGAGCAAGAUUUUUCUAAAGAAGUGGAACUGCCUUCCAACACUUACCAGCCUUAUGAUCUUGUUAAGCAUGGAAGUGAAGCCUCAGACGAUGUAGAUUCUGUUGAGUUGGAGCAUGCUGAGAAUAGAGAUGUUCAGCUUGACGAGGAAGUAAUCAAGUUGGGGGAAGCAGAAAAUCACCACGACAUGGAAUUGGACUUGUCUGAAACAAGAAAUGAGGCUGCAGAUGUGGAACUCGAUACUGUUGCUGUACAUUUGGAAACGGAACCAAUUAAAGAGGAGGGAUGCAGCAGUAAAUCAAGCUUGUCUUCACUGUCUGAAGUGGAUGAUAGAAUUCCUGAUGUAAAAAAUGAAGACGGCUCAACAACUUUGGCGGAAGGGGUUAACUAUAUUAAUGAAUCUGUCAUUUCAGCUCACUCUUCACUGGAGGAGUCAGAAUUCCCAUUUACAAGCGGCGUAGGAGAUGACAGUCAAACUAAGGAGCCUGUUUAUGAUUCAAGCCCAACAGCUGAAAAGUUGUUCUCCUUGUCAUCCAUUUCAUCUGAUAUGCAAGUAGAGAUGCCUGAAAUGGUUAAACCUUCAACAUCAGGAGAAAUUGGCAAGUCAUUUGAAAACCAUAAUUCUGAAGUGCAGGGUGAAGAAACGACUGUUGAUUCCUCAAAGGUGAACGCAAUGGAAGAAGUUACAAUAGAGUCCAGAGAAGUUACAGAGUCUAGUGAGAUCGAUGUCUCAACGGUUGCUUUGUCAGGUAACGGUCUGCAGAAUGAUGAUCAGAUCAGUUCUGUGGCUCCUGAAUCUGGGCCAGUACAUGCUCCAGUUGAUUCAAUUUCAUUUUCCUCAGAGCUUCAAUUGGCAACGCGUACGGUGAACCAGGAAAAGAGUAGUCCUGAUGUGCAUGAUCUUGUGUGUUCAUCAAAUCCUGACGUUGAACCCCCCAAAGCAAUGCACUGCCACAAAGAUGAUAAGAUUCAUGUGGCGGCUUCAAGUGAUCUGUUUUCUUUUGAAGAUGCAAGUAUGUCAGAACACCAUGGAGAACAAGCUUCAAUUAUUGUUCAGCAUGUAUCAGUUUGCUCCAAUCUAUCCACUUUGGAAACUGCACCUCUGGAAGAACACGCAGUGGUUCAGGAAGAAAUUAUUAAUCUUGAUCAGCAUCAAAUCCAAAUAGAUUGUUCAUCAGAGAAAACAUCAGAAGGAGAUGUGUUUAAAUGUGGUGAAGUUAGUCAUACCGAAGAGAAUGAGGUCCAGUUACAUUUUGAUUCAGAGAUCGAAGUUGAGAGUUCUCAAGAUUCGGGUGUGCUGUUGGAGACAUCUGAAUCUUCUUCCCAGCACACACCUUCCAAUGAUUUAGCUGCAGUUUUGUUGGAGGAAGCACAAACUCCUUUGGUUGUUGAGCAGGUUUCUGUUGUUCAUCCAAGUUCAUGUUCUUUAGAGAAUGACCAUGAAAAGGAAGAUCCAACAAAUGGGGAAGAAGCAAUUCAGUUUGAGCAGGACAAACUCCACUCGUCAAGUUCAGAUGCAAAGUUUGAGGCCAGUAUUCUCCAAGAUUGUGAUUUGACGGUGGCUUCUGAAAACAAAUCUCCAUCCGGAUUGGAGAAAGAGCUUUCCUGGUCAGAUAAAUCUAUGGUUGAACCAGAAAUAGGCGAUCAUGAUAUACUCCAAGAAUCGACCAUUAUGAUGGCAAAAACUGAAGGAGGUUCAAGCAUCAGUUGUGAUGUCUACGAUCCUGUUGACCAAGUUUUGGCUAAUUUAUCUUCUGGGACUCAUGAUUCUGUUUCGAUCCCAUCUGACCCUCUUGAAUAUAAGCCGCUUGCUGGUGAAAUUGAUCUGCAGGAUAGCAUCCUUGACAGAAUUGUAAAUGUCGACCAUUCUGAGCUCUCGGAUAAAUUUGAUUGUGAUCUAAAAGCCCGUGUUGCAGAGGAAGAUAUCAAGGAAGAGGUGGAUGAAAUAAAAGAUAUUGAUGAAGGACUGUUGUCCGAGUUGGAUACAGUUGGGGACUUCAGAAUAAUAGAACUUGUUGGUGAGUCGCUCCAUUCUGAGCUGAUACUAAAGGAAGCCAAUGCUGGAAAUUCUGCACCUGAGAUAUUGCCGAGUUCCUCAAACCCUUCAGAAACAAGCCUGGAGUUGCCAGUUCUUGAAGUAAGAUCGUUUGAAGAUAUUGACUUGGCUUCUAAGCAACUUCAUGAGGGGGCAGAUGUGGAGGAAGUCGUACUUCCUAGUAUGGUCGAGGAACAGCUAGUUGUAGAUGAAUCCUCGGAAACCAUUUCUGACUUUAAAGUUGUUGAAGCUAGAUCUUUGGAAGAUAUUCAAAUUGCUUUGAAGCAAGUCUCUGAAGGCGAUAAUGGUGAGCUUCCAACAUCCUUGAACUCUAAGAAUGAAUUAACUGAAGUAGGGAACACUUCUGACUUGAAAGUUGUUGAAGCUAGAUCUUUAGAAGAUAUUCAAAUAGCUUUGAAGCAAGUCUCGGAAGUUGAUGUUGGUGAGCUUCCCACACCCUUGAACCCUAAGAAUGAAUCAACUGAUAUAGGAAUUAGUGAAGUGGGUUCUACCAUUGUGACUGAAUCGGGCAAUGCAGAAUCGGGUCGUGAUGAAGUUUCCUCAAUUGCUACCGAUGAACCCAAAGAAGGAUCCCAUGAAUCCUUGGGAACUUCAAGUACAAGCACAUCGAAAAGUAAAGACAAGAAGUCGAAAGAUUGUCUAGAGAGAUCUGGUUCCAGCACCAGCUCCAGUUCCAGCUCAAGUUCAAGCUCUAGUGAUUCUGAGUGACCAUCAAAACUGAUGAAUGCAUUUGCAGUUUGAAUUUUUGUCUGUGGUUUUCUUUGUAGUGAUGGGUUUCUUUUGAUCUCCUUUACUUUGUUUUUGGUAAUGUGUUUCUUUGGUUUUUUUGAUUGAUCAAUAUCUUCAAGAAUGAGUUUUGAUUUGAUUUCUUGGAGUGAAAUUUUACCUUCUCUGUUUGACAAUUCCAGGGGUGAGCAGUUCCUUUUUAUCGUGAAAAUGUUCAUAGAUUGAUAAUGUACAAUGUACAUUGUAUUUUGAAUGUAGAUGUUGAGUUUGAGGAUGUGAUCCUUUGUUUUGUAG